GUUGUUUGGCACGGAUGCGCCUUCUGCUGCAGUCCGGGAACUCCUCAGCACACCUAACAACAACACGGACGGCUCUGUUCGUUUGUAAGCUGUUUUGCUCUACAUCUGCUGGAUAAGGAGUAAGUUUUUUUGUUCUAAUUCACCGAUUACACCAACAACACCGUAUGCUAAUGCGAGUUCGCUGCCGUAGGUGCUAUCGAUUUGCUCGACAAAGGAAACCACACCGACCGAUCCACCGGGGACCCUCUGCCCAACAUGAAUGCUGCGGGCGGUUCGUCGAACAGGUACAUGCCGAUCCAUCAGUGGUGCACCCGUCGGGAGCGUGGUUUGGUGGCUCGGUUUGGCGAUGCAGACACAAUACACCGGACCAUCUACCGAUCGCUCGAACCGAAAAAGAUAUGGAACGACCCUGGCCGAUUUCCGGGCAUUGUGCGCGAUUACGGUGGCGCGUUCAAUUUGGAAUUUUCCCCUGAUGGCACGCUACUAGUUGCGGCCUGCCAGAAGAAAUCGAUCGUACUGUUCGAUCCGCUGACGGAGAUCCAGAUAUGUGCCGUCAAGAACGCACACACCGAGUGUGUAAAUUGCAUCAAGUUUAUCGAUGAUCGUAUAUUCGCUACCUGCUCCGACGACACGACGGUCGCGCUGUGGGACAUCCGGAAUCUGACUACGAAGCUGCGAACGCUGAACGGGCACAGUGGUUGCGUGAAGAACAUUGAGUACUCCAAGCGGGAUGGCGUGCUGCUGUCGUCCGGGUUCGACGGAUCGAUCUAUGCCUGGGAGAUCAACAACUUCACCGAGUAUGGAUCCGUGUAUCGGCGGGUGCUGCACAUGUCGGGACUGUUGAGGUCGCGCCUGACACCCGACGAAAGCCGGCUAGUGCUGAGCAUGAGCAGCGGCUAUUUGAUCAUCAUACACGAUCUUGAUCUCGCCAAUCUGGCCAGCGAUAUCGAUGGAUUCUAUCCCAACGUGUACCGGUUGAUGCAGGUCGGUCGGCAGCUCAUUCCGAUGGCAGCACGCUUCAGACCGAUGUUUUACACCAAGCGCAAGAAGAACCGAAUCGAGCUGGUGACAGACUUUCCGCCCAACAACAAUCCGGAAAUGAUCAGCGGGCUGGCAAUGCACCCGCAGGGCUGGUGUACACUGACGCGAAACGUUUCCACGGACGAAAUGACCGAGUGGUCGGUCGUGCACGACAUACAAGAGCUGCCGAAGGACGAAGCGAUGGAUGAGGAUGAUGAGGAGAUGGUUGAGCGUGAGCAGGACCGCCGGGAGGAGGGAACAGAAGAAGAGGUCGAGGAGCCGGUGAGCAGCGGGUCGGAUCAAAUGGUCGCCGGGCCUCAGCCCGGUACGAGCGGACUUUCCGGACGAUCGACGCGAAACAGUCAGAUGGGCAGCGUGUUUCGGUUGAAUGUUACCAUGCGGGAGAUGAUUCCCUCGGUCGACGGCAACAAUGAACCAGCCGUGGCCGGUGGCGCUGGUGGCAGCAACGAACCCGAACCUUCCGGCAGUCGUAGCAAUCUGGUACCAGCAGUACAGCAGCCGGAGCCUCACGGUGGGGAAGCGGCAGGCCCGAGCGCGCAACCAGCACUGCCUGCAGGCGCUGCUGGCCGUCAAAAUGGUCGUGGCAGACGAGUGAUGGUAACGGGGCGCUAUCUGCGCUCCGACAUCGCUAGCACCGAUAUAUGGGCCACCGAGAUAACGUUUCGCGAGCGUAAGAACAUGCCAAACCCGCAGGUGCGCAACAACCGCGGCCAAAUCUAUGGGAUAGUGUCGGGCGUCAGCUCUUCCGCUAGCACCGGGUAUACCGGGGCGGGAAGGAAGCGUGUCACCGAGACGGUUGCCCACAAUGCGCCCCGCAUGCUGUACUACAUCCAGGAGUCGACUACCAAGCAGGAAUACAUUAAGGAGUCGUGCUUUUCACCGGACGGUCGAAUAAUCUGCUCACCGCACGAAAAUGGUUUCCGCCUGCUGUCGUUCAAUGACCGGUGCAACCAACUGCAGCAUGCCACCGGAAUUUGGCGCAACGAGAACCCGCAGCAGCUGCAGGAACUGAAACACAAGCAAUGCCAUUCGGCCAUGGUCGUAAGCAGCCAGUUCAGCUCGCGAUACCCGCUGCUGGUGACGGGCUGUUUGCUGGGCAAGAUUGUCUGGCAUCAGCCGGCCUUGUACUAACGACACGCGCAAUCGUGCAAGUAAUUAAGUGUUCAUGGCUGCAUUCAAACUAUCCGCUCUACCGCCGGUGCGUAGUUUGCUGUUGUAAAGGUUAGGCUCCACAUACUUAAGCACAUGUGGUCGAACGGUUGGGGAAGGACAAUUGUAAUAAGGACUCUUAUUUAAAGUAAACCGAUCUUUUGAUCGCAAUAAACACCCGUGGAGUAGACCGUCGUAA